AUACGCAUCAUCUUCACCUCCAUCCCCCCCAAAACUCUCAAUCCUUAAUUCCACCUUAACCUCAUAUGAUAUUUCUUUAGAUUAUGUAUCAAUACUUUUAGAAUAACAUUAUUUUAUUUACAUACCAAACAAACAUACAAGGAAAAAAGCUCGUUAUUUUUUUUUUAAAAAAACAACCAAACACAUUUUUCCCCAAAAAAAUUUCCUUCCUCCCAAACACACUUUUCACUAUUGCUUGAUUGGGAACAAGUAAUCCCAUCAUAUAUAUUUCACAGCUAAAAUAUAAAUAAUUCAAAAAAUAAUUAUUUAUUUUAUUCUAAAAUUAUGAUACCUUAUUCAAAUAGUUUAUUCAUGGACCAUCCAACUACUACAACCCUUUACUUUACAUUGGCACCUAAUCGCCGACCAAUUUGGGCGCCAAUUCCAAAUUUCUGCAAAAUUUAUCCUUUCCUCUCACAUCCACUGAGUACUUUUCCUCCUAGAAGUUUUUCUUGUGUCAGAAAGAGUUCAAUGUCUUGGUGGGAGGGUCUCAAUGAAGCUCGUGUUCUCAUCGCACCAGAGCCUUCUAAGGAUGGGAACAAGGUAGAGCAGCUAUUAUCUCUACGACAUCCAAAAUCUGGAAAUGCAACAUGUUACCUUUGUGUUGAUGGAUCUCUCCAAGAACUUCACUGGUUUAAGCAAUCUUAUGGAUCUUGGUUCCUUGGGGAUUAUGUCUGUGAAGAUGGCCGUUUGUAUACUGCAACUCCAGUCGAUCCAGUUUUUGUUCUGUUACCUAUUUUUGAAGAAGCAAGAAUGAAGAAAAAUGAUGAUCCAGGAAAGUUUAGGCAAGUGGAUGAAAUAAUUUAUGUUGUAGGCUAUCCUGGAUAUCAGCAUCUUUCUUCUGUUGCUGAGAACUGCAUGCAAGUUGUUUGUGAUGUAAAAGCUGUAGGAAUGACAAAGUUUUUCAGGCUUAAUGAUGAGAAGGUGCUGAAGUGGUUAUGCUUGAAGAGUGUCGAGCAAAAACAACCUCUCUACCUCAUGAAGGUAGGGGUAACAUCUACAUACAUCUUACCAUCCCCAGAUCGCACUUGUGGAAUUACACUGGGUUUGUUGUUGUUGAUUUGCUAUUGGAGAUUAAGUGUACAUUUGGUAAUCCAAUUAAAGAAGACUUUGUUGACACUGGAUAAGAACUAUGCUGCUCGAGAUAAGAAAGAAAUAUUAGCUGAUGCAGUAUCUAUAAUUGGAGAGUACUUAAAGGAAGAGCCUUGGUUGAAACUCAUCUGCAGCAAAUUAAGCAUAGACUUGCAAGAUGACACAAAAGCGUCAAAUUCUGAAAUAAAUUCGUCACCAAUGGAAAAUGGCUUUGAGUCCUAUCAUGAACAGCAGGGAAAGAGUGAAGGUCAGGAAAAGACUACCAGGAACAAAAGACAGACUAAAAAGAUCAAAUUGGAGACCAACUCUCUUAAUAUCAAAGACAUGUUUAGUAGGGCUACUAGACGAGGAAAAUGAAGUUAUGAAGCAUCAGAACACAGAUUAAUGACGUAAGAGGCUUCUCGGAGCAAGGUAUUACGAAUGUGGGGGAGGGGAUGUCAUUUAAAAUGUGAUCGAACAGGCUUGGAAUGAAUUGGAUGGCUUAGUUUCUGAUCUUGUGUCAUCGUUGCUGUUGAAAAUAGGUGGUACAUGUAUCCAAUUUACUGUUAACGCUUCUUAGUUAUGUAUGCAGUGAUGUUGCUAACGUAGUGUAUGCUCUGCAAAAUCAGCUGUAAAAUGCAAAGUCUGUUUUGAAAUGGAGACAAUUUAUUGUUCUUAUUUCA